GCAAGGAGACGAUAGGAUACGUUCAUGUCCUGUCCAUAUGCUUAUAUGGAUUUGAAGUUUUGAACAUUCCGUCUUCUCGCAAGUCAUCGAAGUUCGUCUUUCUCUGUCUAGUUUUUGUAGGGUUAACAGGCUCACACGCACCACAUACCUCCAGGAGGAUGCGAGACAUCAUCUGAUCAUAAUGGCAUCUGCUGUAAUAAACUUUAUAAAUGCCACUUCGAACUGGAUAUUGGCUUUGGAUGCUCCUUCUGCUCGAGCCGUCGUCUUUGGAGUGCACAUAGGAGGUCAUCUUUUUGUGGAAGUUCUUCUUUUUGUGGUUAUCGUUUUCCUGCUUUCGCAGAAAAGUUACAAGCCUCCUAAGCGACCAUUGACGAAGAAGGAGAUUGAUGAGCUAUGUGAAGACUGGGUUCCAGAAUCCCUUAUCCCCCCAAUUACAGAAGAGAUGAAACGUGAACCUCCAGUGUUGGAAAGUGCUGCUGGACCACAUACAAUAAUCAACAGCAAAGAAGUUGUGAACUUUGCAUCUGCAAAUUAUCUUGGAUUGAUAGGACAUGAUAAAUUACUUGAGUCAUGCACCUCUUCAUUGGAGAAAUAUGGUGUUGGUUCUUGUGGUCCUCGUGGGUUUUAUGGAACAAUAGAUGUCCACCUUGAUUGUGAGGCCCGAAUAGCUAAGUUCUUGGGAACUCCUGAUUCAAUUCUCUAUUCUUAUGGACUUUCCACCAUGUUUAGUGCAAUUCCAUGCUUCAGUAAGAAGGGAGACAUUAUUGUGGUGGAUGAGGGAGUUCACUGGGGAAUACAAAAUGGCCUUUAUCUAUCUAGAAGCACAGUUGUGUAUUUCAAGCACAAUGACAUGGAAUCUCUACAGAAGACACUGGAAAAAAUCACUGCAGAGAAUAACCGCGUUAAGAAAGUUCGACGUUAUAUCAUAGUUGAAGCUGUUUACCAGAAUUCUGGCCAAAUAGCUCCCUUAGACGAGAUAAUCAAAUUGAAGGAGAAAUAUCGCUUUCGUGUUUUGUUGGAUGAGAGCAACUCAUUUGGUGUACUUGGCGUGUCUGGAAGAGGUCUCACUGAACACUAUGGGGUUCUGAUUGAGAAGAUAGAUAUUAUAACUGCUGCCAUGGGACAUGCAUUGGCCACAGAAGGAGGAUUCUGCACAGGAAGUGCCAGAGUCAUUGAUCACCAACGCAUUGGCAGUUCUGGAUAUUGCUUUUCUGCUUCUUUGCCCCCAUAUCUUGCAAGUGCUGCAAUUACAGCUAUAGACAUCCUGGAGGAUAACCCUGCAAUGAUAAACAAGCUGAAGGAAAAUAUUGCAUUAAUUUGGAAAGGUUUGUCUGGGAUACAAGGCCUCUGCUUAGCAAGCAAUCCAGAAUCACCCAUUGUUUUCCUCAGACUACAGAAAUCCACCGGUACCACAAAAGGCGACUUACAUCUUCUUGAAGAGAUCUCCAAUCGUGUAUUGAAGGAAGACUCUGUGUAUGUGGUGGCUUCGAAAAGGUCAACACUGGAUAAAUGCCGUCUGCCUGUAGGAAUCAGAUUAUUUGUUUCGCGUGCUCAUUCUGAAUCUGAUCUACUGAAGGCAUGUGAAUCAUUGAAGAGAAUAUCUGCAUUGGUACUUAAGGAUCAUAAUUAAUUCCUGCACAUCAGAUCACGCCAUGUGCACUUUGAUUAAUCAUCUCUCUCUAUUCUAAGCCCAGAAUUCAUCGGUUUGACGAUUCGUAUCACUAGUAUAUCAAGAGGGCUGUGGAUUUUGAGAGUUACCAUAUAAUACUCUCUGUAUGUGAUUAUGUUGAGUUGCACUAUUUUUGUGCUACCCUAUUGAAGAUGCAAUGACGACAUUUGUAGUUCGAUGCAAAUAACCUUAUAUUAGUUUUCAUAGCCCCAUUUCUCA